CUGUGACCUGGGAGAUGCCGGACGAGUGGAGUAAGGACGCGUACCCGGAGCCCCCCAGCCGGACCCCGGCCCCGGACAAGCACACCGCCCUCCCGAACCCGGCCGUUAUCGUCUCCAAGCUCUUCUACUAUGCGGUGGAUGUACCGGUCACACAGUUCCACGACUGGGUUGAGCGGCAGCGCUCGAGGAACACGUAUUAUUACUACCACAGGCAGUACCGCCGCGUGCCCGACCUGACCGAGUGUGAAGUUGGCGACUACCUGUGCUAUUUUGAAGCUGAAAUGCAAUGGAAAAGGGAUCACAAAGUGGAUCAGGAGAUCGUGAAGAUCCUGCAGGAGAGGAUGAGGGCGUGCCAGCAGCGCGAGGGCCACAGCUACGUACAGAAUUGUGCCAAGGAGGUUGCCCAGUUCACCGAAGCAGCCAAGGGCUACCAGUCUAGAUAUGGCGACCUCGGCGCUUACGGCAACGCUCGCAAAUGUCUGAUGAAGCAGAAACACCGGAUGAUUGCGGAAAGGAAAGCGGCGGCUCAGGCCCAGUGAGCCCCAAACCCUGCGGCACUUGUACAUGUUCCUGCCAUACUGUCUGUAUAAUAAACUCUCUAUUAGAACUUCA